GUGAGUUUCGGUUUCUAGACUCUCCCCCGGGUCAUUUGCAGUUUCCUGGUUCUUGAAUGUGAGUUUUGGUUUCCUGGCUGUAAGCAAGGGAGUGGCUCCUUCUCCUCUCCCUUCCACCCCCGACACCACUGCCGCCAGCAGGAGCAAUGGGCAUCUGGGGGUCGCAUCUGUACUCCGUGCAGCCUGAGAAGCUGGACGAGCUGAUCGAGAACUCCCUGAGGCCCUAUGAAGAGUGUCAGAGACAGAUCCAUGACACGGUGAACGCCAUCUGUGCCAUUCUGCAGGAAACGGAGCAGAUCCCCCCCACGAUAAGUGUGGUCAAAGGCGGCUCCUAUGGCAGAGAAACGAUGUUGAGGGGCAACUCCGAUGGGACAAUUGUCAUCUUUGUCAGUGACUUUGAACAGUUCCAGGAUCAGAAAAAAAACCAAGAUGAAAUCCUCACCAAGCUCUGGCUAUGUCUGACACAGUGUCAGUUCGCCAGGAAGAUGCCGGCCAAAAUGGAGGUCCAGAAGUCCCCCAGUGGGCUCAUCUUACAGCUGUCCACAAGAUCGCAGAACAUCACGUUCAAGGUGCUGCCUGCUUACAAUGCUCUGGGCUUGAGCGAGAAGCCCACCCCCCAGACCUACCGAGAGCUCAGAAGAGCCCUGGACAUGACCAAAGCCCACCCUGGCGAAUUCUCCGUCUGCUUCACCGAGCUCCAGCAGAGGUUUUUUCACAACUGUCCGAGAAAGCUGAAGGAUUUGAUCCUCUUGGUAAAGUACUGGUACCAACAGUGCCAGGAGAGGCUGAAAGGUCUGUCCCAUCUGCCCGUGUAUGCCUUGGAGCUGCUCACGGUCUAUGCCUGGGAACAGGGGUGCAGAGCAGAAAACUUUGACAUGGCAGAAGGCAUCCGAACUGUCCUGGGGCUAAUCAGACAGCAGGAGCAGCUGUGCAUCUAUUGGAUAGUCAACUACAACUUUGAGAAUGAGACAGUCCAGAACAUUCUGCUGAGCCAGCUGAAGUCACCCAGGCCGGUAAUCUUGGAUCCAGCCGACCCAACCAAUAACGUGAGCAAAGAUAAGGCGUGUUGGCAACUGUUAAAGCAAGAAGCUUUGAGCUGGUUGUCUUCUCUCAGCCCCAGUCAGUCACCUGGACCAUCAUGGAAUGUUCUGCCGGUGCCGCUGUUUGCCACCCCGGGCCAUCGUCUAGACAAGUUUAUCAAGGACUUUCUCCAGCCGGACAAACAGUUCCUAGACCAGAUCACCGUAGCUGUUAAAUUCAUCCGUGGAUUCCUUCAAAAAAAUUGCUUUAGGCAUUCAAGGACGAAGGUUCAGAAGACUGUGGAGGGAGGGUCGACAGGCAAAGGCACAGCUCUGAAGACUGGCUCCGAUGCCGACCUCGUUGUGUUCACAGACUCGCUUAAAAGCUACACCUCCCAAAAAAACGAGAGAUGCUGUAUCAUCAAGGAAAUCCAUACACAGCUAGUAGCCUGUCAGCGGGAGAAAGAGUUCGAAGUAAAGUUUGAGAUUUCAAAAUGGAAGUCUCCCAGGGUGCUGAGUUUCUCUCUGAAAUCCAAAGUGCUCAACGAAAGUGUGAACUUUGAUGUCCUGCCUGCAUUUAAUGCCCUAGGUCAACUGAAUUCUGGCUCCCCACCCAGCCCCAAGGUCUACGCUGAUCUCAUCGAUCUGUAUAAAUCGUCAGACGCCGUGGGCGGAGAAUUUUCCACCUGUUUCACGGAGCUGCAGCGCAAAUUUGUUGUCUCUCGGCCCACUAAACUGAAGGAUCUAAUUCGUCUGGUGAAACACUGGUACAGACAGUGUGAAAGGAAACUGAAGCGUAAAGGGUCUCUGCCUCCAAAGUAUGCCUUGGAGCUGCUCACCAUCUACUCCUGGGAGCAGGGGAGUGGGGCAGAGAAUUUCAACACCGCAGAAGGUUUCCGGACGGUCCUGGAGUUGAUCACAAAAUAUCGGCAGCUCUGUGUCUUCUGGACAGUCAAUUACAACUUUGAGGAUGAGACUGUGAGGAACUUCCUACUGUCCCAGAUCCAGAGGACCAGGCCCGUGAUCUUGGACCCAGCGGACCCCACCGGCGACGUGGGUGGAGGCGACCGAUGGUGCUGGCAUCUCCUAGCAAAAGAAGCUACUGAGUGGUUGUCCUCUUUCUGCUUCACAGAUGGGACUAGAUAUCCUGUGCAAUCGUGGAAAGUGCCAAUAGUGCAGACACCAGGCAGCUGUGGUAUGGGGAUUCAGCCUCUGGUCAAUGAGAUGUUCGCAAUCAGAAGUCCUAGAACCCUGGAAUGGUCAUGCUAGAAGAGACGUCUGGGGGUCGUCCAGCAGCUGCUUCUUAAAGAAUCUGCUCGCUGUCACCGCCAGAUCCACUCUCCUCCAUUCCUCCUCUCACUUCUUUGACUCCUCUCGAAACCAAGACCACCAAGUCCUUCCCAGCAUCACCCCGCUGGACUCUCGCUCUGCACAUGACCCGCCUUCCCAGAUACACCCGUGCUCACCCAGCUUCACGGGCUCCAUCGUUUUGUCAACCAUGGCGUGUUUACCACUUAACUCCUUGCUUUUCCUUCAAGCCUUAGCAGCACGAUCUCUCUGUAGUCCCAGAAGGAAGCCCUUUACCUGCCCCUGGGAUCCCAUAAUUCCAUGAUCUUGCUCUCACCCUCCUCCGUCAUUGCCCACCUCCUGCCUAUUUCCCUCCGCACACCGAUUCCUGUCUACACCUGCUGAGCCGAAGGUCUCCCCGGCAAGUAGCGAGCCGAUGUCUUCUUAGGCCUUAAAACUUUCCAGAAGCUUGGAUUAUAACUGUUGCCUCACAUGCAUAAUAGCCUAUUGUCUUUUCCUCCUGAGCCUACCUCCCCCCCGCCCACCACGAUGAGUGCCUUCUGGCCAGAUCUCAAGGCUUUAUGCUCUGGCUUUAGCUUCAGAGAUACCUGGAUGUCUACGUGUUUUAACCUCAAAUAUCCACUUCAAGCUUUACUACCCCCCCCCAUUAUGCCACUACACUAACCGUCACAGAAUGAAGAGGAUGUCCAGUCUUUGUCCCCAGCUCCCAGCCCAGAGCCUCAGAACCCAGGGAAUUUCCCGAUAGGAGAGUCUUUUCCACCCCCAGGAAACUCAUCCAGCCAUCCCUGAGCUUAUGCAAUGGGGUUUAGGGCCUUUGGUGAGAGUUUCCAAGGAGGAACUGGCCGCGCCAGCAAUGCCAGGCAUGUGAUGAGAGGGUAGAAACUUUCAGCCCCAUCCCCCAACCUCCCAAGAGCAGACUGAAUUCAAGCACCUGGCUAAUGGUUUAAUUAAUCAUGCUUUUGUAAUGAAACUCCAAUAAAGACUCUGGA